CCUCUCUUUGUCUCUUGCUCGCUUUCAAACUCACCAAAUAAACAGAAAAAAAAAAGAGAAGAAGGUGAAAGGAAAAAAAAAAUGGAAAAAAAGGGAGAUAGAAUACUAAGUCUCGUGUUUUCUGUCAUUCAGCUAAAUCCUCUGCUUCCACUCAUUUGAGAACUCAAAGCUCUUCAAGAACAAGGCUCGAUAUUUGGUUUAACGUAGUCAUAAAGGGUUUAGUUGCUUAAACAAUGAGUACAAGUGAUGCGAUUGAGAGCCACGGGAGUGCUCUCGACAAGGAAAAAAAUAGGGUGAAAUGCAAUUAUUGUGAUAAGGUGGUUCGCGGGUUCAACCGUCUUAAGCACCAUUUGGGUGGUGUUGGGCAUGAUGUGGUAGCAUGCACUCAAGUUUCUGAUGACAUUAAGCAGAAUAUGAAGAAUUCUCUUCUAGAAAGGAAGAAAGAGAGACUGUUGAAGGAAGUCGGAGACUUAUACCACCCAGAUCUUCCUUUGAAAAGGAACAUUUCUCCACCAUCCUCUAAUGAGCUCAGAUGCUCCAAGCCCAAACUGAGCCCACCACUUACUUCAGCAAAUGAACACUUGGCUUCAGCAGCUGGACCUCAGGAGACUUCAAAUAGAACUGGAGGUGGAUCCGAUGGCCAGUCAACUCAGCCAACUCCAUUCUCUAUCAAAAUAGAAGAUGUUGAUGUAGUUAUCAAGGAAGAAAUGAAGGAUGAUUCAGUGUUGGUUGCCGCAAAGUGUAUAGGUAGAUUCUUCUAUGAGGCAGGUAUUGACCUUAACAGCAUAAAGUUGCCUUCUUUCCAAAGAAUGAUAGAUGCUGCCAUUAACUGUGGACUUGGAUUUAAGGUCCCUAAAUAUGAUGAACUCAAAGGGUGGAUUCUUGAAGCGGACUUGAAAGAAGUUAAGGGACACGUGGAUGAGGUAAAGAGCUCUUGGGAGAAAACUGGAUGUAGCAUUCUGUUGGAUUGUUGGACCGAUCAAAGGGGCAGGAGCCUGAUUGCUUUUCUUGUAGAUUGCCCUCGAGGGACUAUAUUCUUGAGAUCUGUAGAUGCUUCUGAUGCUGUUAGGGAUGUUGAUGCAUUGUUCUUGUUAUUCAGUAAAGUUAUUGAAGAGGUGGGUGUCCAAAACAUUGUUCAGGUCAUCAGUCAUGAUCCAACAUGUUAUAUGGAGGCUGUGGGCAAGAAGGUAGAGGAGAAAUACAGUACAAUAUUCUGGACAUUAUGUGCAGAUCAUUGCAUAAAUUUUAUUUUGGAGAGAAUAUCAGCGACAGAACAUGUUCAAGAAGUACUAGGUAAGGCUAAGACCAUUACCCAAUUCAUUUAUAGUCAUGCACUGCCUCUGGAGUUGAUGAAGAAAUACAUUCAAGGAAAAGAGCUUGUGAGGACCUCGAGGUUGAAAUCGGUGGCACCCUUUAUCACACUGGAAAACAUGAUGUCUGAGAGAGAAAAUUUGAUGAAUAUGUUCAAUUCAUCAACAUGGGAGAUGUCACAGUGGGCUUCUAAAACUAAGGGUAAAACCGUAUGUGAGCUGGUUAAGAAUCCUUCCUUUUGGGCUUCUGUUGCUGAUAUUCUGAAGGUCACAAAUCCAUUAAUUGGUGUUUUACAUCAGAUUAAUGGAAGUGAUGCCGCUCCAAUGGGUUUUUUAUAUGAUUCCAUGGAUCGUGCAAAGGAAGAGAUAAAGAGGAAUUUAGGAGGUGAAGAGGCAAGAUGUGAGCCUUUUUGGAUAAUAAUAGAUGAGAUAUGGAACUACCAUCUUCAUAGUCAUCUUCAUUCUGCAGGGUACUAUUUGAAUCCAAGUCUCUUUUACUCGGAUGAUUUCUUUGUUGAUACUGAGGUCACUAACGGGAUUGUGCAUUCCAUUGUGCGCAUGAUUGGGCACCAACAUAACCAACAUCAGGCAGUUCUGCAACUUGAUGCCUACAGAUCUGCUAUAGGACGUUUUGAUGACAAAACAGCAAUUGAUCAAAGAUCAAAAGUUCCACCAGCUGACUGGUGGUCUUUGUAUGGAGGCGAGAGCCCUGAGCUACAGAAACUUGCCGUGAAAAUCCUUAGCCAGACUUGUAGCACUGCAGCUAGGUAUAAGCUCAGGAGAGUUUUGUCCGAACAGUUGCAUGCAAAGGGACGAAACUGCAUUGAGCAGCAAAAGUUUGCGGAUUUGGAGUUUGUGCACAAUAAUCUUCGGCUGUGGCAUUCUCCUUACAGCAAGAACCAGACUGAUAAUUUUGGCUUGGAAGAUCUCAACCCUAUGGACAAUUGGGUUGUCGAGAGUUAGUAUUUGCAUUUUAGUAACAGUGAAAGGUGGAAAAUGUAAAUAGAGGUUGAAAACUGUAUCCAUUCUCUGCAUCUUUGGUCAGUAUGUUUAUAUUAAGAGAAUGGUACAACCUAUAGAAGCAAGACAAAGGAAUGGGCUAGUGGUUUAUAACAAUGUAUAACUAUAGCUGCAGGCAGGAGCUGGGUUUAUAUAGAGCAGAGUUAAAUUGCAUAUCUGAAUCUGCUUAUUUCUUACUGAAUUGCCCUUCUGUUUACAAAUGGAAGUUUUGUGUUGGAGAAAUUGAGAAAAUUUUGGGUUU